AUGUCCAUUGGCCACCCGUGGGUGGAGGCAAAAGCGUCUUUUUCGAGUGUUAUCGGCAGGCAAUUUGUUGAGCGUCUGCUAACUCUCGUUGUAGACAGCGGCUACGGGAAGAAUCUUCGGGUAAUUGAAGAUGAUGGAGAUGAUGCCUGGCAGGUCGUGCACGAUGGUCUCUUGAGCAUAAUUGAGGCGGAAUAUUCGCCCGAGCGGAACUGCGACUCUAAAACGAGGGCAUACAUCGUAAAAAAGGCCGCCGUGUUACCACGUGUAGGCCUGCGGGACGCCGGAUGUCCAAGGGCAUCACGGCUUGUCAGGGAAAGCUUCCAGAACGGCCACGUCAAAAGCGUCAUCCAUGGGUCGAGCAGCACCCUGAAGGAACUCAUGUGGAUAUUUCUCGGGGACCUUGCACCUCACCAGGCGGAGAUCGCAAACUUUGAAAGGGCUCGUGCAACCUGCGCGGAUAGAGGUCCCAAGGAACCUUCACAUGUGGCAACAACGUGA